AUGAAAUCGUUGUUGAGAUCCGCCGUGAUAUUGGUUUUGCCGGUGGUGUUAAUCGUCGGCGCGUUGAUUUACGCGCGGUUCGUCGAAACACCUGACAUUUUCUCCAAAGUUUCAUCAACCGAACCAGUUCUAACCACGAAAGCAUACGAAAUACCAACAAAGCCCCUAAAUCCAAUAGAUUGCAAUGGAUACAACCUCAGCAAAAAAUGUCCCACUAACAAUCCCGAAAUCUCAUUCUCCAAUCAAGACCGUUCAUCUAACUCCACGUGUCCAGAUUACUUCCGUUGGAUCCACGAAGAUUUAAGGCCAUGGGCCCACACAGGAAUAACACAGGAAAUGGUAGAGAAAGCAAAAGCAACGGCAAAUUUCAAGUUAGUGAUAUUAAAAGGAAAAGUGUACUUAGAAACAUAUGAGAAAGCUUUUCAAACAAGAGAUACUUUUACUCUAUGGGGUAUCCUACAGUUGUUAAGGAGGUACCCUGGAAUGUUGCCUGAUUUGGAGCUUAUGUUUGAUUGUGUUGAUUGGCCAGUUGUUUUAAUUGAUCAAAAUAAUGUUGUUGCCCCACCUCCACUUUUUCGAUAUUGCGGUAAUGAUCUAACAUUGGAUAUCGUCUUUCCUGAUUGGUCUUUCUGGGGAUGGGCCGAGGUUAAUGUAAAGCCAUGGGAGAUUUUGUUGGGAGAGUUGAAAGAGGGGAACAAGAGGAUUUCAUGGGAUAAAAGAGAACCUUAUGCUUAUUGGAAAGGUAAUCCGACCGUUGCUGAAACAAGACAAAAUCUCAUGACAUGUAAUGUUUCUGAUAAACAAGAUUGGAAUGCUCGUUUAUAUUCUCAGGAUUGGGGACGAGAGUCGCAAGAAGGGUACAAGAAAUCAGACUUGGCACGUCAAUGCACUCAUAGAUAUAAGGUGUACAUUGAAGGGUCAGCUUGGUCCGUGAGUGAAAAAUACAUUCUAGCAUGUGAUUCUCCCACUUUACUUGUGAAACCUCAUUAUUAUGAUUUCUUCACAAGAGGGUUAAUUCCAGUGCAUCACUAUUGGCCCAUUAAUGAAGAUGAUAAAUGCAAGUCCAUUAAAUUUGCCGUGGAUUGGGGCAAUAGUCACACUGAAAAGGCACAAAAUAUUGGAAAAGCAGCAAGUGAUUUCAUUCAACAAGAGUUGAAGAUGGAUUAUGUGUAUGACUAUAUGUUUCAUCUCCUAAAUUCCUAUGCUAAGCUCUUUAGAUACCAACCCUCCAUAAGUGAUAAAGCUGUUGAACUAUGUGUGGAAUCAAUGGUGUGUAAUGCACAAGGAUUAGAAAAUAAAUUUAUGAUUGAAUCAUUGGUCAAGAGCCCUUCAAACACCAACCCGUGCACUAUGCCUCCCCCUUAUGAUCCUCCGUCUCUGGAAGCACAAAUAAGAAGAAAACAAAAUGCAAUUCAACGAAUCGAAUCCAGAGAGAAGAGUUAUUGGGAGAAACAAAAUGCGAAACCGUAA